AUGGAUGCAGAAGCAUGGGGACAGCUUGUCAGCUUAACGGAUAUCGACACGGAACCAAUAUUUUUAACGUCAGACUCAUUUACCAUCGGAAGGGCAAAAGACUGUGAUUUACCAUACACUGACAACAAGCUAGUAUCCAGUAGACAUUGUUGUAUACAGAGAGAUGAAAUUGGAACGGUCUGGCUCUGUGAUUCAAGCACAAAUGGAACUCUGCUUAAUCUGAAAGUGAAAAUUUCAAAAGGAAAUAAGAAAGAAUUACAGCAUGGAGAUGACUUUUAUAUUGUGUACAAAAAAGGUGAAGAAGAAAAAAAUGUUGGUUUUGUGUAUCAGAGCAUGGCAGAGCUUGCUAAAGAAGAUUCAUCAGAAGCAGAACAAACCCAGGAAUAUGAAACUGAUGCCAAUAUAUUGGAUGCUACUGUUGCAGAUGUUGAUGUUAACUUCCUGGACGAUACUGAAGAAGAUACCAGUAAAAAAAGGACAAAGAAAGAUGAAGAUACAGAUGACAGUGAACCUGUGAAAAAAAUGAGGAAAACUUCAGAGGAAAGUAAAACAGAGAAAAGUUCUUGUAAAACUACAGAAGUGUCAUCUGGUGAGAACAAAAAGAAAAGUAAAGAGGAGAUAAGCAAGGAAGAAGCCUCCAAAAUGAAGAGUGGGACAGUUACCACCUCUGCAGCAGUACCUGAUGUUGAUGAGAUAGAAGAGACAUUAAUGUGUAGUAUUUGUCAGGAAAUUAUGUAUUACUGUAUCAGCUUACAACCUUGUAUGCAUUCCUAUUGUGCUGGAUGUUACUCUGACUGGAUGCAAAAAUCUAAUGAAUGUCCUACAUGUCGUAUGAAAGUAAAAAGAAUCAACAAAAACCAUAUUGUAAACAACUUGAUAGAAGCUUAUCUGAAAGAACAUCCAGAGAAGAAGAGGCCGGAAGAAGACUUGAAAGCCCUUGAUGCAAAGAACAAAAUAACCAAAGAUAUGAUGACCCCUACAGCUAAAGAGGGCUAUGACCCAGAUAAUGAGGAGGAAGAGGAGGACUAUACUGAUUCUGAUGCUGAGGAUGAUGAGGAAAGAACAGUUCAACCUGCUGUAGGGUUCAACCCACCUGUAUUUCAACCUGCACAACCCAUGCUUUUUGGAAUUGGUACUCCAUUUUUUGGAGCAAGACCAGCAGCCACAAAAUGUCGCCAGUGUCCGGGUUAUGUUGCUCCACCCAUUGCUCCACCAACAGGCAUAUUUCAGACAGCUAUAAAUGCUGUAGGCACUGCUUUAGGAUUGAAUCAGGAAGGUAACCAGAUUACAGGCACAGCCAAUGAAAAGAAGGAGGAAGAGGAGUCGGAAGCUACCCAAUCUCUUGGUGAUGGGGUCGGACCUUCUACCUCUGAUGGCAAAACAAACAAAAUGGCUGACCCAGACCUAAAAGAUGAGAAGACUAUGCCAGAAGCUCCACCCUAUAACUGCCUACCUGUUCAGAAUCAUGUUUUAUGUCAGUGUUGUCUACAACCCAUGCCAGAUAGAAGGGCAGAGGCAAUAAACCCUGCUAAUAAUAUACCACCCCUGCAAUGUCAGAUUUGUUAUAGAAAUUAUUGCCAUGCCUACUGGGGAUGCACCAAGAAUGAAUGUACAGGUUGUAUUGGAAAGUUUAAAGAUUUAAAUUUUGGAAAGAAAUGCUUGAAUAACCUCAUAUUAGAAAAUGUCUAUGAGUCAGAGAUAUUUAAGAAUUAUGUAGAAGCUAAUGGUAUGUCAGUGAAGCAAGUUUUAAGAGAAUCCCUAGUGAAGUUAGACACUGGACAAUACACUUGUCCUGGUAAGUUUUGGAUUAAGAAAAUGACAAUGGAGAAUUUGUCAAAGAGACAACAUCAGUCAAGAUUUGCGAUAAAUUCCAACACUGCCUUAUGCUAUACCUGUGGGCUGAGAAACUUUAAAGAACUUGCAUACCAGUACAGGAAAGAUAUUCCAAGAGACGACCUUCCUGAGGAUGCUCAAAAGAGACAGGAUUGUUACUGGGGUAAAAAUUGCAGAACACAGAGAACAAGACCUCAUCAUGCAAAGAAUUUCAGCCAUAUCUGUGAUCAGAUUAGAACUACAUAGAACCAAGAAAACAGAUGAUGUCUUUGUUCAGGCUAAACCUAUAUAGAACCAAGAGGACCAAGAACCUAAAAGAAACCUGUGAUAAAACAAUGUAGCCAUUCUAUAUUUGUGUCCAGAAACAGAAAAUUUGUACAACAUUACAGAUUAUAAAUUAAUGAUAGCUUUUUUUGUUAAAGUAUUAAGUUUUGUUACCAGUAUUUAUUCUUUUGUAAAAAAAAAAACACCAAUAAAGGUUAUAUUCGUUAACCAGUGAGCAUUUAGAACAAGACUAAUGCCUAUUUAGGAUGUUUUUGUGUAGAAAAUACUUGUAUUUGAACUGAACCUUGGUUGAAUAAAAACCUAGAUGUACAGUCAUAGGAGAGGCUGUGUACAAUAUUGUAUUGGUAGUGAACUUCUGUGGUUAAAACAUGCUGCCAACAUUUUUUGUUUAAUUUUUUGUUUUUUUAAUUCAAUAUUUUUAAAAAUACAAUCUCUGUGUGUAUUUGGUGAUCUAGCAUUAUUACAUGCAUAGAAACAUGGCUACAAAAAAAUCAGAUGGUCAGAUAAUAGAUUUGUUAAAUUUAAAACUUUUAAUUCACGCACUAUAUUGGUGUUGCCAAAAUUAAGAAAUGCAAUUAUUUCUUUUUGCAAAACCUAUCCUGUCACAAUUUUGACAAUGAUAAUUAAUAUGCAAAAUUCGUGGGUUGUGUUACCUUCUUUUUCUUUAAGUGGAAUUACAACUAGAUAGGUUUUGGAAAUGUGAAAACUGGUAUUUUAAAUGGUGCAUUAUUUUCUGAACUCACAAUUAAUUACCUCUCAACUUUGUCCAUUGAUCCCACUAGGUACCAUUAAUGUUUUAUUGGAACAGCAUUUACUAUAAAAAAAAAAUACUAUAUUGAUAAAUUCAUGAAUUUUAAUUGUGAAAAAGAUUUCCAUUUUUUUAGCAAUUGUUACAUUUUUCUGUUUGUUAAAUAUGUUUCGUUAUGUUUUAUGAGGUAUAUUGUUUCCACUAAUAUGACAUUUUUUGUUUGUUUUCAGAAUGAAAAAUGUUCAGACAGUUUAAUGUUUGUUAGAUUUUUUUUUACUUGUUGAAGAAAACAUUAUAAUUAAUAUUGAUGAAAAUUAUAGAAUGUUCAGAUUUUUUCUGAUAAUAAAGAAAUGAUUUUCACAUUGUUUAUAACCCUUUGUUGACCAUUAAAAUACUUUUUGUAUGUCUGAUAACCAUAUACCCAUAUCUUACAUCUGGUUAACUUACCUGUUGUUCAAUAGAGC